AUGGUGGAAUCGUGUCUCACAGAGGAUGUUUUAAAGGCGUGGCAAAGGAGUUCGCUCUUUAACCAGCCUGAAGGAACUGAUCUUUCUCGCCUUACCAACUUAAUGAAAUUUUUAAAGUCUGAAGUGGAGGGUGAGGAGAGAUUAAAAUUGGCGCGUAAUGGACUCGAUGGUGUUAGUCGUAAAGAAGGAUAUCAUGAUAAAGCAAAGAGGGAAACAAAAGCAAAACCUCCAACUACUGUACCCAUUCAAUUACCAUUAGACAGCAUUCGAGAUGCUUUUGCAUUUGAAGUUACCGACAUAGAUUUAUGUGGCCCUCUGAUUCUCAAAAAUAAAAACAAAGACUGGGUAGUACUGUUUACGUGUGCUGUAUAUAGAUGUGUACAUUUGGAACUAAUGACAUCCGUAAGUACCGGAUGCUUCAUUCAAGCGUUUUGUCGGUUCAUAGCCAGAAGAGGUCGGCCAUCUACAGUUUACUCAGACAACGGCACAAAUUUCGUCGGUACAUCUGCAUUGCUGAAAAAGGUUGACUGGGUAAAGGUAAUUGCUCAGGAAACUUUGCAUCCCAUCACUUGGAAGUUCAUUCCGCCCACUGCUGCUUGGUGGGGCGGAUGGUGGGAGCGUCUAAUCCGCACAACCAAGAAUUUGAUUGUGAGAGUCUUAGGACAAGCUGCAGUCAAUUACGAAGAGUUACUCACCGUCAUCUGUGAUGUGGAAGCCGUAAUAAACUGUCGACCACUUACUUAUGUGUCAAAUGACUCUGAGGAUCUUCUACCAUUAACGCCUUCCAUGUUCUUACAGGACAUUAAGGUUUCAGGUACAGCAGAUUUGGAUGCUUUAGAUCGAAAUAAACUCUUGGCUCGUCAGCGUUUCUGCCAGGAACUUCGAGAACAAUUUCGUAGCCGUUUCCGCAAGGAGUACCUUGGACAGUUAGUACAAAAGCAUGGACAGACGGACUGUGAAUUAAAAGUUGGAGACAUCGUGCUAAUAGGUUGUGAGAACCUUAAAAGAGUGAACUGGCCAAUUGCUCGUGUCCAAGAACUUUGUACAAGCAGAGAUGGACGU